CAGGUAUAAAAAGAGGCAGAGUCAAUGAACACACCUCAGUCACUGGCCGAAACGGAGGCAGAUAAGUCAGCAAGGCUGCGGCACUGAGCAGAACAAUGAAGUUGUUGAUCUUGACUUUAACCGUCGUCCUGCUGAUUGCAGCUGGUGAAGCCCUGAACUGCCACCGCUGUGUUCCUAAAAAGGCUGGAGGAACCUGUGAGCUCACUGUGGAGACCUGCAGACCAGAGAAGGAUGCCUGUGCUGCUGCCAGGUUCCUCAGAGCGCCUUAUGGCCAAUACCAGAAGUGCAUGGCUCUGUCAGACUGCGAAAUGCUGGAGAGGAACGCCUACAUCAACAUGAAGUGCUGCAGCGACGACAUGUGCAACACCUUCGAAAACUCUAUAUAAACAUCUAAGAAAAUGACAAUGCAGUGGAGUGUCUUUGAGCAGGGCACUUAAUGACUCCUGCAGACUGCGGUUGCUGCAGGCAGCUCCCAGGUGUGAACGCAUGUAUGAAUUCAAGUCUUCUGAAAAACAAAAUGCGCUCUGUCAAACAUCUCCCCUGGCAAAUAAAAAAGUUGA